ACCCGGAAACGACAGCACCUGUCGGCUCGAUCGGCAUAUUCUCUUCCAGAAGUCGGAGUAAAUGUUCGGUUUUUGUUGUCAAAUUGCCAAAUCCCGGCUUCAAUCUUUACUGUGUGCCGAGUAAAGCUGUGCGAAUUCAUCAAUGUUCCGAGUUUUUAAAAAAAACGCCAGAAACCUGUCGACCUUCGCAAUGAAACAAACAGAACUCUCCAUACCAGUUCCUUGGGGGGAAAUCCGAGGUAAAACGUGGGGUCCUGACCAUGGGCGUCCUGUGUUGUGCCUGCACGGCUGGGCUGACAACAGCGGAACCUACAACACUCUGAUUCCACUUCUGCCCAAAGAGUGCCGAUACGUGGCGGUGGACUUGGCGGGUCACGGGCUGUCCUCACAUCGUCCUCCUGGGGUCUUUUACACGUUUUCGGCUUAUGUGGCUGAUAUUCGCCGAGUUGUUGAUGCUCUCCGCUGGAGCAGGUUCUCCAUCCUGGGCCACAGCAUGGGUGGUAAUAUCGCCGGGAUGUUUAGUGCUCUUUUUCCUGACAUGGUGGAAGCUGUCGUGCUGCUGGACUCGUAUGGAUUCUUACCUACAGAUGUGAAAGAAUUAUCCUCGGUGAUGCGGAAAGGGAUGGAAGGCAUGCUCGAGUUUGAAAAGACGCCCGAAAAGAGCCAAAGAGUUUACACCUUGGAGAAAGCGGUGGAGAGAUUGUCAGCUGCGAACCCGACACUGUCCGAGGCGUCCGUCCGCAUCCUUCUAGAACGCGGCCUUGUUGAAGUGGAAGGAGGAGUCGUCUUCUCCCGCGACCUCCGUAUUAAUCUGAAAAACAUCGUUCGCAUUAGCCUGGAGCAAAGUCUGGAGCUGCAAUCCAGGAUACGAGCCCCAGUCCUCGUGCUCCUAGCGGAUCAAGGCUUUGAGAAAAUAUUUGCGGAACAAGAGCAGAAGAAAUUCACAUCAGCACUUCUGCAGGGCUACAGAGACAGAAAUGUCUUGCUGACGAGAGAAAAGACGGUCACGAAACCUCAAGGCCUCCUUCUUCCUGUCUCGGUCUCCCACAGCACUCUGUGGUGACGGUGCACGGCGGCCAUCACGUCCACCUCAACCAUCCCCAGGUCCUGGCGCCCAUGGUGUCCCAGUUCCUCCGCGACCAAGUCCUGUCCUCGGCCCGACUUGCCACCAAGCUGUAGGAGGAAAAACCGUUAGGUCUCACCCACUCCACACUUCAGUUUUCACGUUUGAAGGUGUCACCGUACGGCAGGGGUGUGUUAAGUGCGGCCCGUAGCAACAUUCUAUCACUUAGCAUUCUAAUAACAGCAUGCUAAUGUUAUUUGGCUAAUUUUGCAGGUAUACACCGCAGCGUCAAAUAUUUUGAUACUUCACUAACGCUAACAUUAUUUGGCUAAUUUUGCAUGUAUACACUCAAGCGUCAAAUAUGUUGACACUUGACGAACGCUAACGUUAUUGGGCUAAUUUUGCAGGUAAACAACUAAGCCUCAAAUAUUUUGAUACUUGACGAACGCUAACGUUAUUUGGCUAAUUUUGCAUGUAUACACCGCAGUUUCAAAUAUUUUGAUACUUCACGAACGCUAACGUUAUUUGGCCAAUUUUGCAGGUAAAUAGCUAAGCAUCAACUAUUUUGAUACUUGACGAACUCUAACUUUAUUUGGCUAAUUUUGCUGGUAUACACCUAAGCCUCAAAUAUUUUGAUACUUGACUAACGCUAACUCUAUUUGGCUAAUUUUGCAGCUAUACACCUAAGCCUCAAAUAUUCUGAUACUUGACAAAUGCUUACGUUAUUUGGCAAAUUUUGCAGGUAUACACCGCAGUGUCAAAUAUUUUGAUACUUCACUAACGCUAACGUUAUUUGGCUAAUUUUGCAUGUAUGCACCGCAGUUUCAAAUAUUUUGAUACUUCACGAACGCUAACGUUAUUGGGCUAAUUUUGCAGGUAAACAGCUAAGCGUCAAAUAUUUUAAUACUUGACGAACGCUAGCGUUAUUUGGCUAAUUUUGCUGGUAUACACCUAAGCCUCAAAUAUUUUGAUACUUGAGGAACGCUAACUUUAUUUGGCUAAUUUUUCUGGUAUACACCUAAGCCUCAAAUAUUUUGAUACUUGACUAACGCUAACUUUAUUUGGCAAAUUUUGCAGCUAUACACCUAAGCCUCAAAUAUUUUGAUACUUGACAAAUGCUAAUGUUGUUUGGCAAAUUUUGCAGGUAUACACCGCAGUGUCAAAUAUUUUGAUACUUCACUAAGGCUAACGUUAUUUGGCUAAUUUUGCAUAUCCCAGUGGGCAAUUGACGUUGAAUUGACAUCAAAAAGACGUCAAAAAUUUGUCGAUUUUGCAAAUCAAAUUGACGUCAAAAGUUUGACAUCAAAUUGACGCCAAAAGUUUGACAUCAAAUUGACGUCAUGAUUUUAACCCUAUUCUGACCUUUCAAUUAUUACAUAAACCCACCAAAAACAGGUAUGCAUGGCACAAGACAAGAUUUUAAUUUAUAAAAUACAGCCAAAAUUGGCAGGAAAGUGAUGGAUUGUUGGCCGGCCACUAGUUUUCUGUCUUCUUUCCUUCCUUCGGCGCUUCAUCAUGCAGGACUGAUGAAAUCUGUCAAAAAGAGCACUUGGGUCUUAAAUAAACAGCAUCAAUGGUCAUUUAUAAUUGCAAUUAAUUACACACGUUAUUUGGGAGCAUGGGAACAUGUAGAAAUUACCAAAGUACCGUACCAUAAUUCCUAUUUUGCCUCGGAAUCAGACGCCAGUUCUAUUGCAGUCUUACUCUUCUUCCUCCCUCCACCGCCAUUUAUGUCAGGAGCAGAUCGCAAGAAGUUCCCCAUAAAUUAAGUGAUGUCCUUCUCAGUGGCUGACUGGUUGGUUUGUUGAAUGGCACCUGAGCAAGAAAUAACAGUCAAGAAACUCAAAAUCAUAUCACAAACCUUCUGAUCCUGUUUGGAGCCAGGUAAUAAAUUGGUGAACAAACCAAAUAUCUGAGAAUGGUAAAGAAAUUGUCAUGUAAAUACCUAUCAUAACUUUACAAAGGCGUGUGACUUUGAACUUCUUUUUUGGUGGUGCCCCGUCCAUGUUCAGUUGAGCCAUGAGCCAGUUGGUGAGGACUCUGUAAGCAUUCGCAGGGGGUGUACAAGUAUAAGCAUUAGGAAAAAGAUACAAUAAGAUGUACCAGAUGCUUAUUAAUAUUUAUCAAUGAGUAAUAUUCAGUGACAAUAAUGCAUAGUAUUUAUUAUUAUUUGUCUGUUCACUCACCUUUUCAUCACGUUCUUUACAUUGUCCUCCAGGCUGGAGCCCCCAAUCUUGCGCAAACGAGACGUUUGAAAAUUUAAACAAAGGAACCAAUUAAAUGGAUACUGAGGCCUGCUGGGAAAAUUGAAUACAAUUAUAAUUAGGUGUAAUAAUGCAAGGUUCAGAUAGGAUACACUCACCAAUAGUUUCCGGUAGUCAUCAUCGGCAAGCUUUCGUUCCAGUUGUGCGAGUCUCUUCCUCCAGUUGAUCAUUUCAACAUGGAACUGGGAAUCGACGGGUUCAUACAUUUUCCCAAGGUCCGAUAUUGUUGCUCGCAUGUCCAUCAGGAGGAAGAAGACACGCUUCUGGAACUCUGAAAGUUGUACAAAAUAAUAAUUUAACACACCUCUUCCAGAGGUGCAUGGAUUCAUACUUCUGCCAGUGUAUCAAUGACACACAUUAAUUUAAUACUCACUUCCUUCUUCCAUAGCUGAAUUUUGGAUCAUCAUCUUUGGUUGAUGUACUGGUGCUUGUUCCUCGAUCUAUCUCUGGAUGUUGAUCUUGGCCUCUUGUGCUUGCUCCUCGAUCGGUCUUUCGAACCGGAUCUGUACAUAGACCUUGAUCAGUGCUUGGGCCCUGGCUUAGGCAUGGAUGUGAACACUGGCCUUGAUAUUGACCUGGAUCUGGACCUUGACGUUGACAAGGACCUGGAUGUGGACAUUGAUGUAGACAUUGACAAGGACCUUGACUUCGACCUGCGCCUGGAAGAGGACCCCCUACUGUAGGAGCUGGUCUCAAACACUAGUUCCAGUGGUAGCAAGGCACCUUAAAGAGAAAUGAUAGAAAUAAACUAUCAAUUUAGUUGUAAAAAUGAACAUCUUGUCAAUGUCAUACAAUUUUGGAUAAUAAUGAUGAAUAUUAAACAUAACAAUAUUAUUUACUGCGGCUGCGGCUGGGGCUAUAGUGGUCGGAAACCAACGCCGUCAGUCUUGGUCCUGCAGAAUCAUCACCUUCAUCACAUUGGUCAUCUGCAUCCAGACAAAAACAAAACCAUAUUACUUGGUAACGUUUAGGACCCGUCGCAUGGGGUCACCAAAAUGUGGCACUUCUUGGAGAGGCUGUAAUUAGUAAUUGAACUAUUUGUUAAGCACAAUAAGAUCAGUUUAUAUGAGUGUGGCAAGUGUGGCAGUCCAGCGACUCCAUACUAGAAACCACAUUAUCAUACACAUAAAUAGUACAUAAUUAUGCGUCACAUACUUGUGAUAAAAUCUGGGUAUGUCUUCUUUUUCGACUUCCUCUUUUCCUCAGGCCCAUCCUCAAAUUCAGAGAGCUCUGCUGUUGUUGUGAUGUCAUAUUGCUCACACUCUUCCUGUUCGCUGCAGCGAAAAACCCCCCAUCAUUAUCCUUAUUGUAACAUUUAUUCAAUACUUGUAUACUGUGUAAGCAAACUUACUCGAGCUGAUUUUAACUUUGACGAGAGGAAAUUUGCUCCAUGUUACUGCAGGCUCCUCAUAUCGUUGAGGGCCUUGGUGGCGUUCGCCAUAUUGGGCCAGAGCACAUUGCUACCCUUUAUCCAGCAGUUGGGGAUGACACUCUCUUGCUCCGUGUUUUUCUCCAGCCAGACCGCACGGGUCCUUAGCCGCACUGUCUUGGUACACAUUGAACCUGGAAAAAGCGACAACACUAAUGAUACUACUCCUAAUAAUAAUAUCGCACAAUUAAGGCAAUCAUACACUGCAUGCUUAGUACUUUUGGCAUGAGUAGUCACUGCUGGUACCUUUCAGUAUGAUGCAGACAUUCAGAUUAGGAACAUAACCCUUUUAAUAAUGUGAACUAUGUUUGUAUGGUGAGGCAUCAGUAACACUCUACUUCAUGCAGUAUGGGGAGCAGAACAUAUCCUGGGUCGACUGGCAGAGCUACCACUUUCCGAUGCAACUCUUCUUUGCUGAUCAGCCGACGGUGUGUCCUGUCCAUGUCUCUAAUGCGUACAAUGUUGAUCAGCUUGGAGUCACACGGAGAAUGGAAGUAACUCUCGGUAACACGCCGGCGUAGAAGAUCACAGAGGAGAGUGCCGUCCACUCGCUUCUCCCUCACAAAUACAAAGUUUCCAUCCUCAAGAAGGAAACACCCAUCCCAUUGUUGUUGUGAGAUGAAGGUGUUGACCUUUGCACAUGUUCCAGCUCUGUCAGGCAUUUGGCAACCUGAGCGGUGGGAUUUCUGGAUUGUCUGACCAUUUUCUUCAAUGUUUGGAGGUAGUUCUCAAAUGGGAAGCUAGAUACAUCAUUCAGUGAACAACCAAAGUGGUCCACAUCAUCUGCCAGAUGAAUCAGUGAGUGUACAUUGUACACAGUGAAGGCUCUCCCAUAAAUGGUUUUGCACUUCUCGACAUAAGACAACAUCAGCUGCCUGGCAUAGUCCAGAUACUUGUUGCGAACCUCACCAUCAGAAUUCAACAUGAUCGACAUGCUGACCACCAGUCGAAGAAAGUGUACAUGGUACCUGACACAACUCUUCUCAAAACUAAUGGUCCUGUGUACAGGAAGAACUGUCGCAGUUCAGUUGCUUUCCACCGAUCCAAUUCUAACAGGCUCCUGGGUUGCCGAGCAAACUCACCUGGCAAGUGUCCACUCAAUUCUUUGAGAUUGUCUGGAAUCGCACUUCUUUGCUGGAAGGAUAAUUUGCAUGUCGCAGGCCCACACUUCACCCAAUGAAGCAUUCUCCGAACUACGCCUAAACAUACCAGGUGCAUGUAAUCCAGCGCAAAUGUUCGGAUGCAUGGAAUUCCUGCCAUGGACAGUGAAGAUUUAGCAACCUGACUAUCCUUGUAAUCCACUCUGCUGAAUUGUGCUUCAGACCUUGGAACCGCUCCCGCUUCGGUUGCACCAAGGACAACCCUCGAUUCGACAUAGGUGCCUUUUAUUGUACACCGCUCACAAGCAAAGUAACUGUUGUGAUUCUUUAUGCACUUCAAAAAUGCUCUGGCUGGUGCAUCGCAAACAAAGGCCUUUACUCUCAGGUGAAAUGUUUUUUGUCCAUGGGUAAUGCCAUCUUGCUUCAGCUGCUGCAGUUCAGCCUGGAAAUCAGACAGUUAGUCUUUAGUCGACGUUAUCUUUGAUCCUCCACAGUACAGAGCAACUAUGAAGGGUGCAAAGUCCUUGAAACUGCACAGGAUUGGCCACAUCUGCAUGUUGGUAGAUUUGAAAAAAGGUACACCAUCAAUAUUGAUGGAUAUGUUGAUGCUGUCCUCCGUAAAACCUGGGUUCAUGACCAGAAUCUUUAUAAUGCCCGAUGCAAUACCAAAGUAGGCAUAGUGUCCCCCACAUUUCUCGACCGUUGUCACUUCCUUAGGUGUUUUCAGCAGUGUUCUGGCGUCCUUAAGGAGGCGAUGUCCUUGGCGUCGAAGUAUGUCCAGGAGCUCAUUCAAUGCAGACCUUGUACAUUUGUUCCUGGUUGCCCAGGAUGCAAUCUCCUCACUCAGAUCAGGAGCAGUUUCUUCGUCAGACAAAGUGAGGCGGUCAAAAGUAUACAGCUCAGCAUCACUGUCUGAAGUAAUUGGCAUCGCAUCAGAAUCAUAGUCAGAGAUGUCACCAAUGUCAUCAACUGCAGGUGGCCAGAAGACACCCUCCUCAUUGAAUGAAGUUCCCAAAUGUUCCCUGGGCCUGGCAUCAUCACUGCUACUUGAAUCUUCAGUAAGAGCCUGUACUUCAGCAUUGCGUUUCCUCCAGUUUUUGUGGUUUGCCAUCGGGAAUUGCUCAACAGACUGCAAAAUAGAAGCAUGCACAUGCAUAACCAGGGAUGAGGUUUCAGAAAGGUGACUACUGCUACCUAGUCUUAGGCUUAGAGUAUGCCUUUCCAAUUCCAUUUAAUCAUGCAGCUACAUCAUGUAUAUAGCACAAAAACUGAACAUGCUGUCGCUUUAUCCCAUGUAGAUUUUAGAUAUAAUAAUAUGCAACACAAAGGGGCCUACCAUACAAAACUCAUAUGAUCGGCGUCAUGGUGCCGCCACCUGGCUAGGCACGUUUGUGGGCAAUAAUAGACACAAGUGAGCAAUUUCGGCAUUAUUGUACCAAGCAUGCCAAAGUAGUGGGAUUAUUUCGACAUUUAUGUACAUGUGAUCCUUUUUAUCCAUGGAAAGGGUCAUUUUCUCUAAGUUUUUUGGGGGGGGGUUUGCGGUACAACGAAAAUAGAUAGUAGUACGGUGCAUUGUUGCAACGGAAAUCCCACCAGAUUCAGGCCUCCCGAAUAUCAAAAUAUACACAAAAUCUUUUGAAAAUACACAUUUACGCAUACUUUACAAACAUUAGUCUCUCAAAUAGAACCAAAAUUGAGUGCGGAAGCCUGAUAUUUACCUUCGAAACGACUCUAUUUCCUCCACCAGCUAAUUUUCUUUGUCUUUGACCGGUUCAAAUUCAACGGCUGAAUGAUUCAAAACGAGGCAACUUCCGGCGUUCCCAUGUGGCCUGCCAUUCUGCUCGCACAUCGGCAAUUGCAAACCACCCCUUGAUGGCAGCGUGGCGGCCUGCUGACAGCUCGACAUGAAGGCAGCCGAUAUUUGCAACGCCAAAAUGCGCCACUGACGCAUACAAACACCAGAAAAACAAUAAUCCUACAAUGCAAAAAUAAAUUUAAGCCUAAUAAGCCCGUUUUAUUGGCGGAGAGCUAUGAAAACCUAAGAAGCCAUGGAUGUCAAUUUGGCAUCAAUAUGACGUCAAUUUGACAUCGAUGGUCCGACGUCAAAUUGAUGUCAAAUGAACGUCGACCAUAUCAACCACCACACCAAAAACACAUUAUAUACUCACGGGUUAAUUUGCUUUUUGCUAUCCAAUGUACAUCUUCAAACACCGACUUGGGAAAAUUGGCUGCAGUAAUGUUUAUCAAUGCCGAGUCAAAUAUUGACUGAGUUUUGACGUCAAAUUGAUGUCAAGGUGCCCACUGGGAUGUAUACACUUAAGCGUCAAAUAUGUUGACACUUGACGAACGCUAACGUUAUUGGGCUAAUUUUGCAGGUAAACAGCUAAGUGUCAAAUAUUUUUAAUACUUGACGGAUGCUAAUCUUUUUUGGCAAAUUUUGCUGGUAUACACCUAAGCCUCAAAUAUUUUGAUACUUCACUAACGCUAACGUUAUUUGGAUAAUUUUGCAUGUAUACACCGCAGUGUCAAAUAUUUUGAUACUUCACAAACGCUAACGUUAUUUGGCAAAUUUUGCAGGUAAACAGUUGAGCAUCAAAUAUUUCGAUACUUGGCGAACGCUAAUGUUAUUAGGCUAAUUUUGCAGGUAUACACCUAAGCGUCAAAUAUUUUGAUAUUUAACAAAUGCUAACGUUAUUUGGCUAAUUUUUCAUUUAUACACCUAAGCGUCAAAUAAUUUGAUACUUAAUGAAGGCUUAUGUUAUUUGGCUAAUUUUGCAGGUAAACAGCUAAGCGUCAAAUAUUUUAAUACUUUACGAACGCUAACAUUAUUUGGCUAAUUUUGCAGGUAUACACCUAAUCGUCAAAUAUUUUGAUACUUGACAAACGCUAACGUUAUUUGGUUAAUUUUGCAGGUAUUUCGGCAAAUUUUGCAGGUAUACACCUAAGCGUCAAAUAUUUUGAUACUUGACAAAUGCUAACGUUAUUUGGCUAAUUUUGCAUGUUUAAACCUAAGCGUCAAAUAUUUCGAUACUUGACAAACGCUAACAUGAUUUGGCUAAUUUUGCAGGUAUACACCUAAGCGUCACAUAUUUUGAUACUUGACGAACGCUAACGUUACUUGGCUGGUUUUACAGCUAUAGACCCAAGAGUCAAAUAUGUUGAUACUCGACGAACGCUAACGUUAUUAGGCAAACUUUUUUUAGCUUAUUUUGUAGGUAUACACAGUCAUGUUUUGGCACUUGACUUCUACAUUCGCAUGCUAGUUGUUUUUUUUUUUAGCUAAUUGAGCAGAUGUACGUCUCGACAUUUGUGAAAUACCAGAACAUGGUGUACCUGCAAUAUUAGCGAACAAUGCUAACAUGCUAAAAUGCCAAAUGUAGUGUGCGUGAACUACAAAAAUGACUGUAAAGCGUGUACCUGAAAAAAUUGUUAAACGCUUGCCUGCAUUAAGUACCAAAAUAUGACUGUUAUAACAUGAGCUAGCAUGCUAACAGUAUUAUUUUAACAUGCUAACAAUAGCAUGCUUGGAUAGAAUUAGUGAAAUACAAAAACAUGACAAUUAACCAAACAUGCUAAAAUGCCAACUGUAAUGUGUGUGAACUGCGAAAAUAUAUUCCUCUGAGGUGCGUAUCAGGAAAAAAUUGCCAGCCUGCUUAAGUUAGCAUACUUCAAGUACCAAAAUAUUACUGUUGUGUGUACACCUACAAAAGUUGCUAAAAGAAUAACCUAGCAUACUAACAGGUAGCGUUCGUCAAGUUGCAAAAUAUUUGACGCUCCGGUGUAAACCUGCAAUACUAACUAGCGUACUAAGAUGCUAACCGUAAUAUGUGUCGGGUACCCAAAUAAAUUACUCUGAGGUGUGUACCUGAACAUUUUUUUGAACGCUUGCCUGCUUAUGUUUGCAUGCAUUAAGUACAAAAAUAUGACUCUAGUGUGUACCUAUAACAUGAGGUAAAAAGAAAAAGCUAGCAUGCUAACAGUAUUAUUUUAACAUGCUAACAAAAGCAUGUUUAGUUAGAAUUAGCAAAAUACAAAAACAUAUGACACGGUUGUAUAUCUGCUAAAUAACUGAACAUGCUAACAUGCCAAAUGUAGUGUGCGUCAACUACUAGCAUGUUGACAUAUUAUUGUUAAUAUGCUAGCUUUUUUUUGUGCAAAUUUUGUAGGCAUAGAUAUGUUAUAUUUUGGUACUUGAUGCAUGCUAGCAUUAGGGUACUAGUUGUUGUAGCUCAUUUAGCAGCUAUAAAUCUCUGUAUCAAAAAUGUUGGUAUUUCACUAAUAACUGAGCAUGCUAUUGUUAGCAUGUUGACAUAGUACUGUUAGUAUGCUAGCCUUUUUAGCUACUUUUGUAGGCAUACAUCUGGUAUAUGUUGGUACUUUAUGCAUGCUAGCAUUAGCAUGCUAGCUUGUACAGCUAAUUUAGCAGCUAUACAUCUCAAUGUCAAUAAUGUUGGUAUUUCACUAAUAACUGUAAGCAUGUCAUUGUUAGCAUGUUAAUACUGUACUGUUAGCAUGCUAGCUUUUUUUUUUUAGCUAUUUUUGUAGGUAUACAUCUGGUAUAUGUUCGUACUUAAUGCAUGGUAGCUUUUAUAGCUAAUUUAUCUGGUAUACAUCUCAGUGUCAACAAUGUUGGUAUUUCACUAAUAAUGGUAAGCAUGCUAUUGUUAGCAUGUUAAGACUACUGUUAGCAUGCUACCUUUUUUUUUUUAACCUCAUUUUGUUCAUAUUGUUUGCUGCGGCGAUACACGCUCUUUUCAACGAUCAAAACAAGAAGCAAAGCGACCAUUGUACCGAUGUUUCUCAGUCAGGUUGAGGUGUGCAACCUGAGUACACAGAAGCUGCUACCUUUGAGCAACCUUUCAAAUCACCGCGGCGGCUUUGAAGUCUCCCGACGUUAAUAUUUCAGCGGGAGCAUGAAUAAAUCACAAGGAAACACGUGGAAGUGGCUCGCAUUCACUUUCUGAUUUGCUCUGCAGGCUUUUUUGGCAUCCAGCCUUGCAGCACACAUUUGGCGUUUUAGCAUCCUAAUGUUAGCAUUUUGGCAUGCUAACAUUAGCCUGCUUAGUUAAUUUAGUAGAUAUACACUUCAGUGUCAUAUGUUUUUGUAUUUCAUUCAUUCUAACUGCUAAGCAUGCUAUUGUUAGCAUGUUGAUAUAAUACUGUUAGCAUCCAUUCAUCCAUUUUCUACCGCUUAUUCCCUUUUGGGGUCGCGGGGGGCGCUGGCGCCUAUCUCAGUUACAAUCGGGUAUGUUAGCUUUUUUUUUACCUCAUGUUAUAGGUACACUUGAGUCAUAUUUUGGCACUUAAUGCAGGCAAACGUUUUAAAAACAUUUUGCAGGUACGCGUAUCAGGUAUCUGACACAUAUUACGGUUAGUAUCUUAGCAUGCUAGCUUUGUUAGCCAAUGUUGCAGAUAUACACAUUAGCGUCAAAUAUUUUUUGACCUGACGAAUGCUACCUUUUACCAUACUAGGUUUUUCUUUUAGUAAAUUGUGUAGGUGUAUACACAUCAGUCAUAUUUUAUGUAUGCUAACGUAGGCAGGCUAGCAAUUUUUUCUGAUACCCAAAUCAGAGGAAUGUAUUUUCGUAGUUGACGCACACUACAUUUGGCAUUUUAUCAUGCUAACAUUGGCAUGUUCAGUUAGUUUUACAGAUAUACACCCCAGUGUGAUAUGUAUGUAUUUUACUAAUUCUAACUAAGCAUGCUAUUGUUAGCAUGUUGAAAUAAUACUGUUAGCAUGCUAGCUUUUUUCUUUUUUUUACCUCAUGUUAUAGGUACACACUUAAGUCAUAAUUUGGUACUUUAUGCAGGCAAGCGUUUUAAAAGUUUGCAGGUAAGCGCCUCAGGUACCUGACAAAUAUUAAGGUUAGCAUCUUAGCAUGCUAGUUUUGUUAACCAAUGUUGCAGGUAUACACCUCUGCGUCAAAUAUUUUUUGACUUGACGCAUGCUACCUGUUAGCUUGUUACAUUUUUCUUUUAGUAAAUUGUGUAGGGAUACGCACAUCAGACAUACUUUGGUGCUUUAUGUAUGCUAACGUAAGCAGGCAAGCAAUUUUUCUGAUACAGACCUCGGUGUGGUAUAUUUUUAUAGUUGACGCACACUACAAUUGGCAUUUUAGCAUGCUAACAUUAGCAUGUUAAGUUAAUUUAAUCAUGCUAAAAUAAUACUGUUAGCGUGCUAGCUUUUUUUUUACCUCAUGUUACAGGUACACACUUUAGCCAUAAUUUAGUAAGUGAUACAUGCAAACAUAAGCAGGAAAGCGUUUUUGAAAGUGUGAAAACUAAUUUUGUUCACGUGGAGUUAGCUAACGGUGCAGGUAAUAGGAUUUGCUCAAUUCGAUCUAUAAAGUGUCUGAAAAAUCAUCGUUUUCUAUACAUGCUUGUAAUGUAGUAACCGACACAUACAUAACAUGUACAAUAAUAUUUACAGAUUUGUAAUUGUAUGUAAAUAACGUUCACUCUUCCCUUCAACAACAAAGUGCUAGACAAGAUGUACAAACUAUCAACAUAAUAAAUCAAUCACUUACUGUACAA